CUGUCCGCGGCCUGCAGUAAAGAAAACGCGCCAGUAAAGAGCUUGCAACAAGGCGCGCGGGCUUGUCGCACAAAAUAAUACAAAUAUAAACAACCUCGAUAAAACGUGCUAUUCAACAGUUCUUUGUAAACACAAAACCAAAAAACAGAUUGUCAUACAUUACAUUGGUGGUGAAUUCACAAAGUAAGGUCCAAGUGCGUGCUUUAUUUACACACUAAUCGAAUUAUGUAACGUGUUGUCAACCUAAAUUCUUCCGAUUUUUUUACUUUCUUCGAUCGAGACGACGACCACGACAUAGUUAGGUAGAUACGAGUAGAUAGGUAUACAAUGUGUAAUACUCUGUGCCAAAAUAUUUAUUUAAGAUCCUAAAUCAAUCACGAACCAUUGAAGAUAUUAGAAACUCCAAUUUUUAAGUAUAUACCGAUUAAAAGAAAAAAAAAAUACAAAAAUUACCAUGAUACGGUUAAUACCGUAAUCAUCAAAAGUGAUAAUUGUGUAAAAAACUGACUGUGAAAAAAAAACAGAGACAUGCGUGCUCGGUGGGUGUGUGUGGUACUUGUGUUCACGGUCUUGCUGCCAUGCGAAGCGUUGCCGCCUGCUGCUCUCGGCGACGUCGUUGCCAAUGCAGCUAGCAGUCUUAACUCUAUGAAGGUGACAGGAGCAUGGCGGAGAUUAUCAAGUACAGUGAGCGAGUCUGUGGGACUGAAGCAUGCCCUGCGCCGUCUACAGACAGUCCCGGCCAGAGCUGCCCGACUCGUGCAUGCUCUAGUGGAUCGGAUGCGGGUCGGCGGCGGCCCGGUCGUGGACACUAGCUUUGGCUCACUACGCGGACGAAGAGUGGUCGCGAGGACUAGCGCGCAAACGCCGUAUUACAGUUUUAAAGGAAUAAGAUAUGCCCAGCCUCCCCGCGGUUCGCUGCGGUUCAGGCCGCCGCUGGCGCUGGAGCCGUGGUCGGGGGUCCGCGACGCGCUGGAGGAGGGGGCCGUGUGUCCGCAUCGCUUCAUGCUCUUCGAUACUUACAAAGGGGAUGAGGACUGCCUUUUCCUAAACGUCUACACGCCAGCAUUGCCUGAUAAGUUGACAGGAUACAACCCAAAACUCGCGGUGAUGGUAUGGAUUCACGGAGGUGCGUUCGCAGUGGGGUCGGGCAACGCGUUCCUGUACGGACCCGACCACCUGGUGGGAGCAGGCGUGGUGCUGGUCACACUCAACUACCGGCUUGGAGCUCUCGGUUUCUUGAGCUUGGACAAUGAAGAGGUGUCAGGAAAUAUGGGACUCAAGGAUCAAGUGAUGGCGCUGAAGUGGGUGCGAGACAACAUCGAGGCGUUCGGUGGAGACCCGGAACGAGUGACGAUCUUCGGAGAAUCAGCCGGCGCCGCCUCCGUGCAUUUACACAUGCUUUCCUCAUCGUCACAGGGUCUGUUCCACGCGGCCAUCGCAGAGAGUGGAGUGGCGCUGUCGCCGUGGGCGGUGGCGCAGGAGCCCCGCGUCCGCGCCUUCGAGUUGGGCCGCGAGCUGGGCAUCGACACCAACAGCACCGCCGAGCUGCUCGGCUAUCUUCGCGCCACACCAAGCGAGUCGCUAGUCAAGGCAGGAGUGAGGCUAGCGGGUGCUCCGGGCAAGUCCGCUGACCUUCACAGCACAGUGGCGCUGCCGUUCCUGCCCGUCGUGGAGCAGGACAUACCCGGAGCCUUCCUGACGAAGCCUCCGAGGGAACUGUUGCCCGGAGCUGACGUGCCAUUCCUUACUGGAUACAAUGCGCAAGAAGGCAUUAUACUCUUUCGACGUCUCCAACGGUACCCCAAGCUGCUGAGCGAGUUGGAGCACGAGUUCAAGCGCGUGGUGCCACCAGAGCUGAGCUCGGCGGACGAGGCGCGCGCGCGCAAGGUGGCGGACCACAUCCGAGCGUUCUACUUCCAGCAGCGCCCCGUCGAUAUACACAACAUUGACAGUCUCAUUGAUUUGUUCACGGACGUGAUGUUCCUGCGCCCCGCGCUGGAGACUCUCCGGCUGCAGGCGGCGACCAACAGAACGAGUCCCACCUACUUCUACCGGUUCGCGUUCGACGGAGCCCUAGGGCUCUUCAAGCGCAUGCUGGGCAUCACGCACCCGGGCGCGUGCCACGGCGACGAGAUGGGCUACCUGUUUUACUUCUCCAGACUAAACUACAGGCUAGACGACAACUCGCCGGAGUCGACGGUCUCAAAGAAGAUGGUGCAGUUGUGGACUAAUUUUGCCAAGACUGGUAACCCCACACCACCAGUCGACUACGAGUCAAUAAUCGACUUCGAAUGGCAGCCAGUCAAUGACACAGACACCGUGCACUACCUCGACAUCACUCAAAACUUCACCCUGAAAGCGAAUCCCGAAUCCACAAGAAUUCGCUUUUGGGAUUGGCUCUACGAAAACUAUGCCAGUUAGAAUAUUUCUAACUGGCAUAGUUUUCAAUAAGUGUUGAAUGGACAAUGGGACUUUUGGAAGAGUGUAUUUAAAUAUAGUUUUAAGUGAAGUGUGAAAAGAAACUCUAGUAUCUAUCGUGUAAGUCUGUACUAUAUUAUAACUAGGUAAGUAAGUAUGUUGUUGUAAUAAAUGUGCGUUUAUCUUGUG